GGAAAUUUGAAAAUUUCGCCAACUGGAAAGAGAGGGAGCAGAAUUAGUUCGCUAACUAGGAAAGAAAGAAAGAAAACAUCGCCAGAGUCAUAAUGGGAAGACCAAAGAGGACGACCAAACAACGUAAAAACCCCAAAUUGGACAAAUUGGAGGCAUUUCUCGAAGAUUUCGACAGUGAGGUGAAAACCGUAGUUGAAAGGCUGAAGGAGAGGACAAACAGCCUCCUGAAAGAUGCAGACAACUUCUACAACAUGGCUGUGAUCAAGCUGCCAAAGGCAGUGAGACAGAUGAACUGGCUUGAGCAUUGUGGGUCAGAGAAACCAAAGUCACCCGUGUCACCAGUGGAGGAUGCCAAGAAAGUAGAAGAGGCUGCCCAAGUGGAGAGCAUUAUGGCUGAAGUCCAUACAAUUCCUCCCAAGACUGCUAAAAAAGCAAUGUCCAAAAGGGGUGGAGCCAGGACAAGUUCAGAGGAUGAGGAGAACAAUAUUACGGCCACAGGGAAAAAGGGUAAAUCAACUAGGAAACCUCCAACGUCAAAGAGAGCCAAAGCACUGUCAGUCAGCAAGCAGAACACCUCCAUCAGAAAUUCCAGUAGGAAGCCACUGGUCACUCCUUCCAGGAACAUGUUGGACAGUUCCCUCAUGGGCCCUACCCCUCUCAUCACACCACGCUUCGACUCCAGGCUUCCCAAGACCCCAGCGGUGAGGAUACCCCGCCACAAGGAGAGGGUAUACAGCAUCUCGGUCAAUGGCUCCCCCAUCUCUGGAUGCAGUAAUGAUAUCGCCAUCAAUGUCCCUGUGGGGAACGGAGAGUGCAUUCAGCUGCUGGCCAGUCAGAUGGACACUGUGGACCUGGGACAGCUGGACGAGACCGCCAUAAGGAGCAUCCGUCUGCUUCAGAACCGUCUCACAACACUGUGUGAAUCAUCUGAAUGACCUCUGCACCUUAAGUCCUGACCUUUUUUGUACAUGAAUCGGCCAACAUUUUUUAAAUAUCUGUAUAUUUCUCUUUUAAUACAUAGUUAUGUUAAUAGCUGUCAAGUCUGCAUUGUAGAGUUAUCUUAGCGCUCUGUGUAUUGUUGUGGUUUAAAUGUUUUAAAAAAUGUAUGCCAAGGACAUGACUCCAACUGUUUGUUUGAGAGACUAUACUUGUUGAAGAGGCUAUUUUUCAGGGAUGCUCAAUGCACGCAGUAGGGGAAUGUCUUUCAUAUAAAAUACAUUUUUAAUAUGACCAACAUGAAUAAACCCUUACUACAUGUCCCCUCAAAUAGUCUAGCAUAACUUUUUUGAAAGUUACUUGUGUGCCCUGUGAGUGAAAGAGAAUAUUGUCAAUACUGCAUGCCUAUGUCUCAUCAAUAGCACGUCGGCUGCCCUCUAGUGGUUCAGUUUUGCCAGCUCAACUUGUACUGUACAGUGUGGAUGAGGAAAUGUAUUUGAGGUCCAUGCAUUUUUAGAUUAUUUAGUGAAAUUUGACAAUACUUUGUUUUAUUGUAAAUAUGCCACUUUUCUUAAAGUAAACUCUUUCAACUCUC